ACACGGUUAUAAAUUCUUCAGACUAGGCUCAACUGACAUCCCUCUAUAAUUCUAGUAUUAUCCCUCAUAUCUGCCAUGUCUGUCCCAACUCACAGUAUUCACUCAAUUCAUGGCACUUUUGCAGGCGUACCAUCAUACACUACAUUUUCAUCGAACGCUGGCGUCGUAAUCGAAGGCUCCCCAAUCCACCCAAGCCUUGCCAGAACAGCUGCAUGGCGCCUAGCGCCCGUAUCACUCCCUAGUUCAAGCUCACGUCGUCUAUCAUCCUUCCCUGUAGCCCGUCGUGUUCCACCACCACCACCACCUCGCGCUAUUGCACCACAGACUAUCCCUUUCCCCUCGGAAAACCCAUUUAGUGAUUCAAAUUCAUGCGUCCCACCCAUACCACAGCGACCUAUUCCUCACCGCACGCACCUCGCUUCACAAUCAUAUACCGUCAGACUCCCCGGCUCAAACCCAAUUGACGCCCUCGUUCGUCAGCGGACUGCACAACGGGCCGCGCAGGAGCGCGAGACCCGAUGCAAGGUAGUUGCGGGUAUUUUGUUGAACAGAGUGCAUGCUGUAGGGAAGCCUAUGCGCCGGCUGCCUCCAAGUACGGAAGCGCCUCGAACAUACAAACGGAGCAGACUGUCAGUGACUACUACUGCUGAAGACGUCUGUUGACUUUCAGGACAUGAAUCUAUGGGGCUGUAAUUUUUAAAUAUAUGUUGGAUGUGUUGUAUAACAAAAAUUUAAUGAACAAUGAACGAAUAUUAAUCUA